GCUCACCAUUCAGGAGCCUCAGAAUUGUGGUCGCCAUGGACGAGUGCGUCCAAGAGGCAACGAUUCUCUUUGACCGACAGCAAGGCGUGCCGCAGUACCUGCCCGUGCCGCACAAAGGCCAGCCUGAUCGGUACCCUGCUUACACGAUGCAUAUUCCCCACGGCUUCUUAAACUGGCGCAUGGACCGACGGGAUGUGGUUGCAUUUCCCACGCAAGACGUCGCGGGAUCGAUCCUCAACUUUUGCCGCUGCGGAGUUGUGCGGGGUGGCAUCUUCUUCACCCGCAGCUCGCCCGACGCCGAUGCCGCGUCCUCCGACGAUGCACGGUACAUGGUGGCCGUCAAGAUCAUGGACAGACACCAACUCCAGCUGCAGCGCGAUGACAUUGAGAACGAGCUCAGUGUCAUGCGCGUGUUGCAGCCAGGAGGAUUUACGGGUGUGCUGCAGAACCCUCAUAUUUUACAAUGGGAGGCAUCUAGUGACAGCGCGAACGAGUACAUCGCCACCGAUUACGUGUCGAAUGGCAGUCUCGUCAUGUAUGCGCACCACCGCUUGCAGGAACUGCGCUUCCACGUGAGCAUGGAGCUUCCGCAGCACCCCGAGCUGCAUGAAGCCCGGUUGGCCCAGCUCUGGACCCAUGAAUCACUGCAUCUGUUCCUCGGGGUCAUGAAGGGACUCACGUACAUCCAUGCCCAGGACGUUGCGCAUCUCGACCUGGAUCCGAACAAUGUCGUGAUCGACGACGACCGAACGCCACGCAUUCUGGACUUUGGUAGUGGCGCGUACUUGCAGUCGGCAAUGGGUGCGGGGGCGGCCGGCGGCGGCACGUCCUUAGUUAAAUGCAAACCACUGUAUGCCCCUCCAGAGGUCCGUCGUCACAACCAAACGCCGCCGCCACGCACACCUUUCAACGGUACCGCGGCCGACAUGUGGUCUGCCGGGACCAUGCUGUACCAACUCGUGUGCUUUGGGUACCCUGCAGGCGAAUACGCGCUCAUCCGGGACGUCAACUGGCGGCGGAACCUCAUCGCCCACGCCAACGAUCAGCCGCAUGCAGGCCAUGAAUGCUACAUUUGCGUGCGAGAAAUCGCAUUCCCACCCGUAGCCUAUGAGAUUUUCCGCAGUUUGCUUAAUGAGGACGACCCGGACGCUCGAAUGUCCGCCUUUGCCGUCGCCGGGCUCCUAGGACAAUACCUGUCGCAAACCACCUAAGUUAUAGACUCCACUUCUGUCUGUGGCUAGUAGCCCU